AUUGUGACGCCAGAGCUGCUGUUUAAACUUUUUUUUUAUCGUUGUUCCAUAGCAAAGGCAUGUUCUGACCCCUCUGAGAUGAGUAACCAUGUAAACACUGCCACCAUGUUUGGACUUGCAGUUAGAAAAGACAGAGCGUUGUCUCUCUUAGGACACUGCAAGAAUCGUUCCCUUAUAUGGAAAAAAAAACAUUUUGGGUCUUUCACUCCUCCACACUCACCAUUGAUUCCCUCAGUUGCUAAGGAAAUAUAUGUAUGAUACAAAUUUGAGUCAAUUUAGGAACAGAUAUGAGUAAUAGGCACAGUUCCUUCUUGAGGCCAGUCCGAGUUGGGGUGGGGGCUGUGGCGUUCUGCAUCUGGUGGCUGAGUCCUGUUUUAGUUUUGGGAAGAGAAAACAGCGAGGAGAGCUGAGCAUACUUCAAGUAAGAGAGGAUUUUCUCUUCUUGCUUUGGGACACACAACAACAGAGGCUCAUUGGUUCUGCCAAAAUCUCCCUGAAGGACUUGUCUAGUGGUUUGAAAUCACUGCCAUCCAAAAACAUCCCACUGGUCAAUGAAAAACAGCAGGCUAUCGGGGCGACCAUUAAUUUGAUGAUCACGUAUGAGCCACCUGCCUCAGCGAACUCAACUGAUCAGCCGGAUAGUGACAUGUCUCACUUGGAUAUUGAUGCCAGUGAUGUGGAAGGAGGCGAGGGGGACACCGACAGUGGAGGGCAGGAGGGAACUGGUGGAGCUGCAACCCCUCUAAACAAAUCAAACAAAAACAGAGUCAGUCUGAGGCGUAAGAGGCACCGAGCGCUUGCUAACAAAGUUCAAGAUUUUCAGAUUCGUGUUCGGGUCAUUGAGUGUCGACAGCUGCCCGGUAACAACGUCAAACCUGUGGUGAAGGUCAACGUUUGUGGUCAGACGCACAGAACCAGAAUCAAACGUGGGAAUAAUCCAUUCUUUGAUGAGAUGUUUUUCUACAACGUCAACAUGCUCCCCUCUGAGCUGUUUGAUGAGAACAUCAGUCUUCGGGUCUAUGACUCUUUUUCUAUGAGGUCUGACAGUCUGAUGGGAGAAUUCAAGUUGGAUGUUGGCUAUAUUUUCGAUGAGCCUUCUCAUGCCAUUUUGAGGAAAUGGCUCCUGCUGAGUGAUCCUGAUGACUCCAGCUCCGGAGCGAAGGGUUACCUGAAAGUCAGCAUCAUUGUUGUUGUGACUGGAGAGGAACCGCCGAAUGACAGAAAGAAUGUGAGUGAAGAGCAGGACGACAUAGAGAGCAAUCUCUUGGUGCCAGCGGGAGUUGCCACACGUUCUGCCACGCUCUGCCUUAAAGUGUAUCGAGCCGAAGACAUGCCUCAGAUGGAUGACGCUUUUGUUCAAAACAUCAAACAAGUUUUCGGAGGGGAUGGAGACAAGAAGAACUUGGUGGAUCCAUAUUUGGAAGUCAGUUUUGCAGGCAAAAAGAUGUGCACCAAGAUCAUACAGAGAAAUGCUAAUCCAGAAUGGAAUCAACUCAUCAACAUCCAAGUGAAGUUUCCAUCCAUGUGUGAGCGCAUCAAGUUGACAGUGUUUGACUGGGAUCGUGUCAGCAAGGAUGAUGCCAUCGGAACAACAUUUUUGAAUCUCAGCAAAAUGUCCUCAUCAGGAGGAGAAAUUGAAGAAACACAGGCAGAAAAUUCCAACACAACUUCUGAAAUGAGUGCCGCAGGCAGUGAAGUUGGCUUUCUCCCAACAUUCGGGCCUUGUUUUGUGAACCUCUAUGGAAGCCUGCGAGAGUUCAGCGGCCUCAGUGAUCCAUACGAGGAGCUCAAUGUUGGCAAGGGGGAGGGCGUGGCCUACAGAGGUCGGAUCCUUCUUGAACUCUCCACACAGCUGGAUGAAAAGACUGAGAAGACCGUGGAUGACAUCUCCAGUGAUGAUAUCCUGGUUGUUCAGAAAUACCAGCGGAGGAGGAAGUUCUCUCUUUGUGCUGUGUUCCACAGCGCUUGCAUGCUCCAAGAACCUGGCGAGCCGAUCCAGUUUGAAGUCAGCAUUGGGAAUUACGGCAACAAAAUGGACACCACCUGCAAGCCCCUGGCAUCCACCACCCAGUACAGCUUUGCUGUCUUUGACGGUAAUCACUACUACUACCUCCCCUGGGCCGACACCAAGCCUGUAGUUAUACUGACUUCAUACUGGGAAGACAUCAACCAUCGCCUGGAGUCAACCAACAUUCUUCUUUUCAUAGCACAGAGACUGGAGUCCAACCUUAACUUGUUAAAAACAGCCAUUUUUGCAAAAGUGCCUGAGGCACAGCUGACAGAGAUUUGGCACAAACUCAUCCACCACAUGAUUGAGGACCUGAAUAGUUUCCAGCUGCCUGAGCUCGAGGGAAAACCGAACCUGACCUCGCUGGAUCUUCAAUUUAAAACCCUUCGCGAUGCCGCCAUGGUCAGUCUGAGGCAGAUGGCCUGUCGGAUGAUGGAAGAAGUUGCAGACGUGAAGGCCUCUAUUGGUGACAUCGAAGACUGGUUGGAGAGAAUCAAGCAGCUAGCUGAAGAGCCCCAGAACAGCAUGCCGGAUGUGAUCAUCUGGAUGUUAAAAGGAGAGAAGCGAGUGGCUUUUGCUCGAAUUCCAGCCAAUCAGAUUCUCUAUUCCAACUUCAGCGAGCAAGCCUGCGGCCAACACUGUGGACGCCCCCAGACCAUCUUCAUGCAGUACCCCAUGGACAAAAACAAAGGGGUGAAAAUCCCGGUCCAGUUGCGGGUCAACAUGUGGCUCGGCCUCUCGACUCAUGAGAAAAAGUUCAACACUUACUCAGAAGGCAACUUCAGUGUCUAUGCCGAAAUGUAUGAAAACCAGGCCAGGGUGUUCGGGAAGUGGGGCAACACAGGCCUUGUUGGUCGUCACAAGUGCUCUGAUGUGACCGGGAAAAUCAAACUGAAACAGGAGAGGUUCCUUCCCCCGAAAAGUUGGGAGUGGCAGGGAGACUGGUUUGUGGACCCGGAGCGAUGCCUGUUGACAGAAGCCGACGCAGGACACACAGAGUUCACAGACGAGGUUUAUCAGAAUGAGACCCGUUUCCCUGGCGGAGAGUGGAAACCUGCUACAGAGUCUUACACUGAUGUGAAUGGAGAAAAAGCUCUAAGUCCUGGGGAGUUCGAGUGUCCAUCUGGAUGGAGGUGGGAAGACGACUGGACUUUUGACACCAACAGAGCUGUCGAUGAGAAAGGUUGGGAGUACGGCGUUACUAUUCCCCCGGAUGAUAAGCCCAAAUCCUGGGUUGCUGCUGAGAAGAUGUACCACAUCCAUCGCAGGAAGAGGCUUAUAAGAAAGAGGAAGAAGAUUGCUGAUAAAACAUCAUCUGAGAAACGAGAGACAGGUGAAGGCUGGGAAUAUUCCUCACUGAUUGGCUGGAAGUUCCACAGAAAAGAACGCGCUUCUGACUCAGUCCGCCGGCGCCGCUGGAGGAGGAAGAUGGUUCCAUCUGACUGCAUCGGUGCCUCUGCCAUCUUCAAACUGGAGGGAGCAUUAGGAGUUGACAUUGAUGAAAAAAGCAGCAAAACGGAAGGACCCAAACGGUUUGGUGCCAACACUCCCACUGUUUCCUGCCACUUCAGCCGCUCCUACAUGUUCCACCUAAGGGUUUACGUCUACCAGGCCCGGAACCUCUGCGCCAUGGACUCAGACAGCUUCUCAGAUCCAUACGCCCAUGUGUCGUUCCUGCAUGUCAGUAAAACCACUGAGGUCAUCGGCAGCACUUUGAACCCCACGUGGGAUCAGACUCUCAUCUUUGAUGACAUUGAGAUCUACGGAGACCCUCAGACCAUCAACCACAACCCCCCAGAUGUGGUUCUGGAGCUGUACGACAGUGACCAAGUGGGGAAAGACGAGCCAAUGGGUCGCUGUACCUGCCGCCCUGUGGUCAAACUGAACCCCGGUGGGGCUUUGAGUCCAAAAUUACUGUGGUACCCAGUCACGAAAAAGGGGUGCAGUGCUGGAGAGGUGCUAAUGGCUGCUGAGCUGCUGCUGAAGGACAAGGCGAGUGAGGCAGAGCUUCCUUUGGUUCCACCUCGGAGAGGGGAGAACCUCUAUAUGGUUCCGCAGGGAAUCAGGCCUGUCGUGCAGCUCACUGCCAUCGAGGUCUUGACGUGGGGCCUGAGGAACAUGAAGACGUAUCAACUGGCCGCUGUUUCCUCUCCCAGUCUGAUUGUGGAAUGUGGCGGUGAAAUCGUCCAAACAUCCGCAAUCAAAAACUUCAAGAAGAAUCCCAACUUUCCCGGAUCCAUAUUGCUCCUUAAAGUGCUUCUUCCCAAAGAAGAAAUGUACACCCCGCCCAUCGUCCUGAAGGUUGUCGACCACAGACCGUUUGGGAGGAAGCCCGUCGUGGGUCAGUGCACCAUCGACUGCUUGGAGGAGUUCCGCUGUGACCCGUAUCGCAUCAACAGUGAAGUCUGCAUGUCUGCUCGAGUUGCAAUGAUCAACGCAGCACAAGGAGACGCCAUUAUCAAUGUGGAGGACGGACAACUCUUGAAGAGUGAGGGUCAAGCUGAUAAAGAAGAGGAGGCGGUCGACUGGUGGAGUAAGUUCUACGCCUCUGUUGGCCAAGAUGACAAAUGCGGGCCGUACAUGAAGAAGGGGUAUGACACGCUACAGGUGUACGACUCUGAGCUCGAGCAGGUGGAGGAAUUUCAGGGGCUGACAGAUUUCUGCAGCACCUUCAGGCUUCAGCGAGGGAAGGAUGAUGACGACGAUGACGACGAUCCGUCUGUCGUGGGAGAGUUCAAGGGAUCAUUCAAGAUUUACCCGCUUCCCGACGACCCGAAUGUUUCGGCUCCUCCUCGACAAUUCAGGGAGCUUCCCGAGAGUACACCCCAGGAGUGUCUGGUUAGGAUUUAUGUAGUUCGGUGUAUCGAUCUGCAGCCCAAAGAUGUGAAUGGAAUGUGCGAUCCAUACAUUAAGCUCACACUAGGCCGCAAAACAGUGGAUGACCGAGAUCACUACAAACCAAAUACACUCAGUCCAGAGUUUGGGAGAAUGUUUGAGAUGUCCUGCUUCCUGCCUCAAGACAAAGAUCUGAAAAUUGCAAUUUACGACUAUGACCUCCUGAGCCGAGACGAGAAAGUUGGCGAGACCGUCAUUGAUUUGGAGAACCGGCUUCUGUCCCGAUUCAGAGCCUGCUGUGGUCUACCUCAGACCUACUGUGUCUCUGGGAUAAACCAGUGGAGGGACCAGAUCAAACCAUCUCAGAUUCUCCAGAACGUGGCCCGCAUGAGAGGUGUUCCGCCACCAACUGUAGAGGGAGAUGGGAUCUCACUGACUUUCUCAGGACGGCAAUACUUCCUGCACGACUUUGAGGCAAACACCAUGAUCCAAAAACACCAUGGCCCAGCCAGCGAGAGACUUGCCCUUCACGUGCUCAGAAAUCAAGGAUUGGUACCUGAACAUGUUGAGACCCGAACCCUGUGCAGCUCCCACCAGCCAAAUCUCUCCCAGGGGCGCAUCCAAAUGUGGGUGGACAUUUUCCCCAAAGGCCUCGGGCUGCCAGGACCACCAAGCCAAGUCGCCCCGCGUGUAGCAAAAAAAUACUACUUGCGGGCCAUCAUUUGGAACACGAGCGAAGUCAUCAUGGACGAAACAAGCAUCACUGGCGAGAGCAUGAGUGACAUCUAUGUCAAAGGGUGGAUGUCGGGAAUGGAGGAGGACAAGCAGAAGACCGAUGUUCAUUACAGGUCGCUGGAUGGGGAUGGAAAUUUCAAUUGGAGGUUCAUCUUUGGCUUUGACUACCUUCCUGCAGAACAAAUGUGUGUUGUGUCCAGAAAGGAACACUUCUGGAAUCUGGACAAAACUGAAUUCAGAAUUCCCCCCAAGUUUGUUGUGCAGAUUUGGGACAAUGACAAAUUCUCCUUGGAUGACUACCUGGGUUCUGUUGAGUUGGACCUUCUGAAUCUCAUACCUCCUGCGAAGAGUUCCGACAAGUGCAGCCUGAAAAUGUUGCCAGGACUGACGGGAUCCUCUCCCUCACGCAAACUUGUGCCGAACUCUCUCUUCUCCCAAAAGUCCGUACGAGGCUGGUGGCCAUGUGUGAUGGAACAGGAUGGGAAGCACAUUCUUGGCGGAAAAGUAGAGAUGACAUUGGAGAUUGUUGAAGAGAAGGAGAUGGAGGAAAGACCUGCUGGGAAAGGACGGGACGAGCCCAACAUGAACCCAAAACUGGACGCACCAAAUCGGCCGGACACGUCCUUCCUCUGGUUCACAAACCCCUGCAAGACUAUGAAAUUCAUUGUCUGGCGGCGAUUCAAGUGGCUCUUUAUUGGUGGAGUUCUUCUCUUGCUGGUGGUCCUGUUCCUCGGGAUCCUGUUCUACUCUCUUCCUAAUUACAUCUCAAUGAAAAUCAUCAAGCCAUUCUCUUAAGAAACAUUCCAAAGGCAAAGUCAACACAUUCCAUAUUGUUCUGUCUUGUGUCCUCCUCAUCUGUUUCUCCAGUCAUAUAGAUCAGAUUUGUCUGGUGCAGAAAUAUUCCCUGACCUGGGGGGUUAAAAAUCCCACCACCAGGAGUUUUGAGCAUUCUUUCUCUCUGCAGCACUUAAAUAUUUUGCACUAUUUUUACUUCAUUCCUUUUUUGCAGUACAUCUUUUAAAUGUUAGCAGUGAGCAAUGCAAACUUCCAAAUGUAAAUUAAAUAAAUUAUUUUCAUGUUGUGUU